AAAAUUUGCUAGUUAAAAAGUUUAUUUGAUAUGUCCAAAUUUUAUGAAGACUUACCAAAAACAAAAAAUGAAAAUUUUCAAAAAAUUGCUGUUGAACAUUCGUCAAACAACUUAAAUGAACCGUUGGCCAGCCUCAGUCCAAGUCCAAACGAAUCGCUGCAUGAAAUAAGCGGAAGUUUUAUGGACAACUUUUCGCAUCAAAGGUCAAAUAAUGUACACACGGUAAUCGAGCAUAAGGUGACACAGGGCUUAAUGGAACUUAAAUCAAUCACGAGUUCAAAUGCAUCCAACAAAGAGGCCAUCAUUAGCUUAAUCGUGCCAAAGGUUAUGGCUCAGCUGGAGAGCCCGAGUGCACACGCCGAAGAGCUGCAGACAAUCAAAACCGACCUCAAGGAGUGCAAACUUCAUUUGGGCGAAGUUAAUGCGGAUUUGGCUGAUAUAUUUCUGGAUUUGCAUUAUAUAUACAAAAAGCUUGAAGUUAAGAGUAAGAAAAACUUGACGUUGAGCAAGAAACAUCGUGAGAGAUUGUGGAAAGGUGCCCACAAAGCGGAGACCUUACAGGAGCGUAGUAAACAUUUUCUUUCCAAUGAUCCCCGAGAGUUGAGUGCCAUGUUUGAGGCACCCAAAGAGCAGCCAAACUAGUACUGAUCAGGGACUGAGCUGGAUAAGGAUUCCCAGCAAGAAGGAGAACGGAAAACUUAGCGUGUGAGAGAGAGAGAGAGAUAUAUCCAUAAAAAGCAAUUCGGCUUUUGUGGCUUUUAGGGCUGUUUG